AUGGCGCGCAAGAACUCCAGAGCGAGUGCCGUCUUCAGCGCCUCGACCGAGGGGAAGAAGAAGUCCAAGCCCAAGGGCAAGGGCAAGGUCCGCGACAAUGUCGACGACGCGUACACCUUUGAGCAGGAGCUCCCCAAGCGACACCGCACCGCCGAGUCCAAGUUCGCCCUUACGCGCGAGGAGAAGGUCGGCGGCGCCAGGCGGAUUGACGACGAGGACGAGGACGACAUGAACGCCCGAAUCCGCAAGGUCGCCAUGAUGAUCGCCGGAGACGACAAGGCCGACGUGCUCGACAGUGACGACGAGGACGUCGAGUCCGAUGACGCCUGGGACAGCGAGGGCAGCGAUGAGGAGCGCUGGGGGGAUGCGUUCCGGAAAUUGGAGAAGGGCAAGGGAAAGAAGGGCAAGGGCAAGGAGGAGGUUCUGAAGCCACUGAAGAUCAAUCUCGAUGAGACCGACGACGAGGAGAGCGACCCCGAGGUUGAGCGGUCACCAAAGACCGCGUUCAAGUCUGCUUUCCCAGAGGAGGAAGGAGAAGAUGACGAAGACGAGGAUGAUGAAGAAGACGACGAGGGCGACGACGAAGACGAUGAUGAUGAUGAGGAGGAGGAUGAGGACGAUGAGGAGGAAGACGAGGAGAUGUUCGAGGACCCCGAACUUCCCUCCGAUCUCUCUGAUGACUCUGACGAGGAUCUCGACGGGCUGGACGCGUUUGUGGACAACCUCGCCGCUGCGGACAAGAAGAGCAAAGCACAGCCGGAUGCGGAGAAGAAGCGACGAGUACUGCCGGUGGCCAAGGGCCCUGGUCUUGCCGACGGUGGUGACCUUGCCCUCAAGAACCAGAACAAGGUCGAUCUGUCAUCUCUUAUCGCCUCUGCCCCGGGUCUCGCUGGCGCCUCGAGCCUUCUGCCGUCGAAGAAGGAGAACAAGUCGACGAGCGCUUGGACCGAGAGGCUGCUUACGAGCAGACGAAGCAGGAGGGACAGAAGGUCGACGCUCAUGAAGCGCGUCAAGGAGGCGGAGCAUCUGUCCUUCCCGCUGCAGGCGACCGAGCGCGGUGGCGUUAAGUCAUCUGGUGAGGUUGUCGCCACUUUCAAGCCGGAGAACGAGCACGAGUCCGCCGUCCAGGCUCUCCUUGCGAAGGCGAACCUGACCGACUCCGGCGUUACUGCCGCGGAGGAUGCUGCCCUGCGUGGCCAAGAUCUGAGCCCGGAGGAGAUUGCCGCCCGCCGAGCCGAGCUCCGUCACCAGCGUGAGCUCAUGUUCCGCGCCGAGGCAAAGGCGAAGCGCGUCGCCAAGAUCAAGUCGAAGACGUUCCGCAAGCUCAAGCGCAAGCGUGAGGCUAAGGCUGCCGGUGACGGUCCCAGCCUUGAGGACCUGGAGCGACUGGACCCUGAGGCCGCUGCCGAGGAGCGUGAGCGCCUCGACCGCGAGCGCGCCCUCGAGCGUGCCACUCAGCGUCACUCGGCCCGCAACCGCUGGGCCACCAACGCUGCUCCCACCGACGAGGCCAUGGAGGCUCGUCAGGACAUGUUCGACAUGCGUGACAGACUCCGUGCCAAGGUCCACGCCAAGGACGGCUCUGAGAGCGAGUCGUCCGAGUCCGAGGACGACAGCGACGAGGAGGCUAUCAAGACGCGGGCGUUCGACCAGCUUUCCAAGCUUGACAGCAAGCUGCCCGAGGUGCCCCAGAAGAAGGGCCUCAUGCAGAUGGCUUUCAUGAAGAAGGCUGAGGAGCGCGAGAUGAAGAAGGUCGCCGAGGAGGAGGCCAACCUGCGCCGCGACCUCGAGAUGUUCGGCGACGACAGCGACAGUGGCAGCGACUCUGACGAGGCUGAGGUGCUCAAGCUUGGAGAGGGUCGCAUGGUCUUCGGCCGCGCUGCAGGUGACGACAAGCCCGCGAAGGCCAAGCCUGCCGCGCCGGCAGCGAAUGGAAGUGCCACCAAGGCUCGUUCUCGUUCCCCUUCUCCUGCUGUCGGAGUGUUCGGCGACGUCAACCCUUGGCUUGAUGGCACCAACUCUGGUCCCUCCCGCAAGCGCAACAAGCUCACUGCUACGGCUGAGACCAAGGCGGUCGGCAAGCUCAAGAAGGCUGCCCAGGUUAAGGGCGACGACGAGGUCGAGAUCUCACUUGCUGCUCCCAAGGCUUCCAAGGCCACCAUGAAGGCUGAGAAGGUUGUCCCGCCGCCCAAGGCUGCAGAGGCGAAGGCGCCGAAGUCGAUUCUCAAGGUCAAGUCUGACGUCUCGACCGAGCAGGCGAAGGCUGCUACGUCGAACAAGCGACGAGCUGCCGACUCUGAUUCCGACUCUGACUCCGAUGCCGAUCUCCUUCCCGUCGCCGGCAAUGGCCCCAAGGCCUUCACGCAGCGCGAGCUCGUCGCUGAGGCGUUCGCGGGCGACAACGUCGUCGAGGACUUUGCGCGCGAGAAGGCUGCCCUGAUUGAGGCCGACGCGCCGCAAACGGUCGACACGUCGUUGCCCGGCUGGGGCUCGUGGGGCGGCAAGGGCACGAAGAAGCGGAAGACGAACCCCAAGUUCCUCAAGAAGACGGCAGGUGUCGCCGCCGAGGACCGCAAGGACGCCGGACGUGCGAAUGUCAUCAUCACGGAGAAGAAAGACAAGAAGGCCGCCCGCUUCCUCCCCACGGACCUGCCGUACCCCUACACCAGCGUGGCGCAGUACGAGGCCGCCAUGGCGGCCAACAUCGGAAGCGAGUUCAACUCGCGCGCCGCCUUCCAGCGCGGCACGCUGCCGCGCGUCACGAAGAAGCCCGGUGCCAUCGUCGAGCCGAUUCGCAAGCUGUUCUAG